AUGCUACAUCUAACGGAAAACCCGAUUCUCUUAGAUCGGCAGUACUUUGUGAAGUCGCGUGAUGGCGUGUACAGGAAUGCGCAGAUUCUUGAGACUCGUGAAAAUCUUGACGCGCCAGAAGAAGGCGAACUAUUGAGAUCUACCCAGAUUCAGUAUUAUGUGCACUAUACAGGUUUAAAUAGACGCCUCGAUGAAUGGGUCGACGCGAGCAGAAUAGACACAUCGCAGGGAUGCCUCGCCGACAAAAACUUUGAAAAUGAUUUUGCACAGAUAUCUCACGAUGACCCUUUUCGCAAGGUCACGAGGAACUUAAAGCGGAAACACGAUGAAAUUAACCAUGUUCAGAAACCCUACGCUGAGCUAGAUCCAGCGUCUGCAGCUUUGGAAAAGGAGUACGAAAGUAUCACAAAAGUGAAAUACAUUGAUUGUGUGCAAUUUGGAAAAUACGAAAUUGACUGCUGGUAUUUUUCACCGUACCCCGAAGACUACGGAAAAUGUCCCAAAUUAUGGGUUUGCGAGUACUGUCUAAAGUACACGAAAUGUGUCUCAACAUACAGAAAUCAUUUAUAUUCCUGUAAAGCAAGGCAACCCCCAGGAGUUGAAAUUUACAGGGAUGGAAAUAUAUCCGUUUACGAGGUGGAUGGAACGGAACAUAAGCUGUACUGUCAGAACCUGUGUCUUUUGGCCAAGCUGUUUCUUGAUCACAAGACUCUGUACUUUGACGUGGAGCCAUUUUUAUUUUAUGUUCUGACUGAAGUUGACAAGUAUGGAGCCCACGUAGUUGGAUAUUUCUCGAAAGAAAAGGUAUCGCCUGAGGGUAAUAACGUGGCAUGUAUUAUGACACUACCUCCAUUUCAAAGACGGGGAUUUGGAAAGUUUCUAAUCAGUUUCAGUUACGAGCUGUCCAAAAGACAAGGUGUCAUUGGUUCGCCUGAGAAACCCUUAUCUGAUCUUGGAAAGUUAAGCUACAGAAGUUACUGGCUCUGGGUUAUUUUGGACCGUUUGGGUAAAAAUAGCCAGUCAAUUAAAGAGCUGAGCCAAGAAACGAGCAUUUGCCAAGCUGAUAUUGUGUUAUCAUUACAAUCCUUAAACAUGGUGAAGUACUGGAAAGGUCAGCAUGUAAUUUGUGUGACGCCACGUGUUAUUCAAGAGCACAGCUCGCAUUUUCCAUCUCCUAGAUUGGUAGUGAAGCCCAAUCUUCUGAAAUGGAACCCCAACCAACCGUCUGCAACCCAACAGUCGCGAGGAAAGAUCAGUUGAUUUUGUUUUGAUAUGAUAACUAAUUAAUUCUUUGUUUUG